CUCUGGCGUUUCCUCCGCGUCGUUGCCGCCAUGUCCUCCGUCGCUCUGCUUCGUCCUCCUCUCGAGAUCUCGCUCACUUUCUGAACAAACCAAUCUCUCUCUCUCUCUCUCUCUAGAUCCGCCACUUCCAUCAUCACCCACUGAGAACUUUACCGAGAAACCCACAAUUCCCAACACUUUCCCGAGGAAAAACAAAAAAAAGGAAAGAUGUCGCACUCCCACAGCGACACCGUCCCCCUCCACGCCUCCUCCCAGUCCGACAUCGACGAGAUCGAGAACCUCAUCAACGCCAGCGUCCUGUCUGGCCCCGCCACCGUCCGCCCCGCCCGCCCCCCCAGCCCCGCCCGCGCCCAGAUCCCCGUCUCCUCCUCCCCGUUCCUGCCCUCCAGCAUCCCUCCCGAGCCGCCGCAGAAGCUCUCCAACCAGAAGUUCGUGCCGGCUGCGGCGCCGGCCCCGGCCCCGGCCCCGCCGCCGCUCUCCGCCGCCGCCAGCGGCGUCCCGCGGCAGGGCGUCGAGGCCACCGGGUUCGGGCCGCCAUCGAACACGCUCACGGAGCCGGUCUGGGACACGGUGAAGCGGGACAUGUCGAGGAUCGUGAGCAAUUUGAAGCUGGUGGUGUUCCCGAACCCGUACCGCGAAGACCCGGGGAAGGCCCUGAGGGAUUGGGAUCUCUGGGGUCCCUUCUUCUUCAUCGUGUUUCUCGGUCUUGUCCUUUCGUGGUCUGCAUCGGUCAAGAAGUCUGAGGUUUUUGCCGUUGCAUUUGCAGUCCUUGCAGCUGGAGCUGUUAUUCUGACACUGAAUGUGCUGUUGCUGGGUGGUCAUAUCAUUUUCUUUCAGAGCCUGAGCCUCCUUGGUUAUUGUCUCUUCCCUUUGGAUGUUGGAGCCCUGAUUUGCUUGUUGAAGGACAACGUAAUACUGAAAGUGAUUGUAGUGAGCGUGACAUUGGCUUGGAGCUCCUGGGCUGCAUAUCCAUUCAUGAGCACGGCCGUCAAUCCUAGAAGAAAAGCUCUUGCCCUCUACCCUGUCUUUCUCAUGUAUGUAUCUGUUGGUUUUCUCAUAAUUGCUAUAGAUUAAUAAAGCAUUGUCAAGCUUGCCUCUCAUGGUGGUGACCCACAUAAGCAACUGUAUCUGAAAUACACAGGAAUUUUCCUCGGCAUCAUGUUUCUGACGAUAUUAUAUCUUUCAUCUCCCCUA